AUAGAUCUAGAAUAAAUCUAUUCCUGUUUUUUAAGAAGUUGAUGUUUAAACAUGGCGGCUUCCAUUGGUAUGGUCACUAAACAGUUACCUGUGGUCCCUUCCAAACAGGCUACUGCAGAUAUCUCAGGUCACCACACUGAAAUAGUUGUGAGCAAAUUUGAAGAUUAUCUUUUUAUUAUAGCAACACAGUACAUGAAGAUAGGAACACUUAUUCAAAUCACAAGAGAUGUUGUUUCAGAUGAAUUUGAAGAAAAUGUACCUUUAUUUUCAACAUAUGUAUUGAUGGGAAAAGAUGAGCCAAUAACACAUGUGAUGGCAAGGACAAUAGUGACAGCAUUAAAUCCACCAAUACCAGUGAUCCUCUCUCUGGCCCUCAAGGAUACAAGUGUUGAUACUGUACAGGCCAUCAUUGAACUUAUUAAAACUUGUUUGUGA